GGGCGCGGGAGGGGGGAGCGCGGAUGGAGGCCGAAACAAUCGGAGAUAAAAAUAGAAUAUGAAACGGAUGUUACCAUGACGUCAAGAUUUGGGAAAACCUACAGCCGUAAGGCAGGGGAUGGGUCCUCCAAGUUUGAUGAGGUCCUUUCCAACAAAAGGGCCACGCUCAGCACCAAAUGGGGUGAGACCACCUACAAAGCUCAACUGGGCUCCAAAAGACCUGGCCUGAAGGCGGAUCAGGCUGAUCGGACGAAGAGGCCCAAGCUCGUUGAGGAUGAUGGCUCAGAAGACCCAUUUGGGUUUGACAGCGAUGAAGAGUCAAAGCCGGUCACCUCUCGCAAUGUGGCGCAGCCCAAAGUGUCCUCGGUUAGGCCGACCUCCACGGACACAUCCAGGGCCAGCCUAACUCUGGAGCCCAAUAGCAGAGUCAGCCAACCGGCCAGCGUGGAGGCUGUGGCCCCUAGCAGGACGUCAUCUGCACUCAGUGGUGACAGGAGUGCCCAUCGGGUGCCUGAGGACCCUGGGAGGUUUUUCAGCAGCUCCACAGGAGGUAAGACCUACAAUUGGUCCGGUGAAAACAUGGACCGCCACAGCUACUCAUGGUACAAAAAUGCCUCAGAGUGUGACCGCAGACCCCUGGCCCAGACCACAACUCUGAAGUCAGAGAAAUGUGAGGACAAGGACUCUUUCGAUGCCUGGAGCGCUGUGGUUGGGUUAGGGGCCCGCUCCACGUCCCCUCUCCCUGUGUCCAGAGACCUUCCGUCCAGCACGUGGACCUCUGGAGGAUAUGGACGCAGCAGCCACCUCCAUUCUAAGCCCCCUGCAGAGACCCACAUCGAGGAGGUGGGCCAGGGAGACUCUGAGGUCCCUGUGGAGCCUUCAGAAUCGGAAGACCACUCUCAGUCACUCCUUAGGGCUUCCAACUGCAGGACGUACUGCAGAUCCAACAAAGGCAAGCAGCUUGGGGGUGCGGAUGGCUUUGGAAGCGCGUUCGACAGUAGCUCAGCUGCGUCUUUGAAGAGCAGUAGCGGGGACAGUGCGGGUAAGACAGCAGUGCGAAGCAGGACGAGAGACUACACAGUCCUACACCCGUCCUCCGUGUCUGUAUGCAACGUCACCAUCCAAGAUUCCAUGGACCGAGGCAUGGAGGAGUUCACUGCCAGCGCUUCAGCCGCUGAUCCUGGAGAAGCUGGAAGACUGAGGAAAAAAGUGGAAACGGAGACCAAACCUGUCAGGUUCAGACCCACUCAGAGCAAAUCCAAGAAGGACAGUAAGCUGGAGCUGUUUGGCUUUGAUGAUGGAGAGACACUUGCUGAGGAAGGCGACCCGGCCUCCUCGGGCAGAUCUAACUACAAGAUCAAAUAUUUCGGCUUCGAUGACCUGAGCGAAAGCGACAGCGAUGAAGAGGAGAGCUCUGCUGAGAGGAGGAGGGCAAAGAGGAAGGCCAUGGCUGCGGCUGCACCGGAAGAGGUUUCUAUAGAGACCAGCGUAGACAGCCCUGAGCCUAGAUCGUCUCAGGAGAGCCAGAGCAGCAGCACAGGUCAGAGACUUGGCCUCAAGCGAGAUAUUCUGGAGGCACCCGAGGCGAACUCUCGCACCAUGUCUGAGGCAGUGAAGAAGCCUCAGGUCAAACCUCAGGAGAAAGCGAAGGAGAGCAGAAAAAUCUUCAGUGGACCCAAACGGUCUCCAACGAAAGCUGUAUAUAAUGCAAGACACUGGAACCAACCAGAGGCUGAAGAGCUGCCGCCUCCUCCUCCCUCUGCAUCACAGGCCACUCCGGCUGGUUCAUCCGGAGGCAGUAAAGAGUCAAACUUGCCCAAGGGAGACGAAGGGGUGUUCAAAACCCCUCCCUUACCACCCAAAGUCAUCAAGUCGGUCACCAUCCCCACAGAGCCUUAUCAGGACAUUGUCACGGCACUGAAAUGUAGGAAGGAGCACAAGGAGUUAUACACGGUAGUCCAGCACGUGAAACACUUCAACGACGUUGUGGAGUUCGGCGAGAACCAGGAGUUCACAGAUGACUUUGAGUACCUGGCCACUGGCCUCAAGAGUGGCCAACCUCUUAAUACUCGCUGCCUUAGUAUUAUUAGCCUGGCCACACGCUGUGCUCUGCCCAGUUUCAGGAUGCACCUGAGGGCAAGAGGAAAAGUGGCUCAGGUCUUUAAAACCCUCAGUGAUGCCCCCCAGCAUACUAAUCUAGCUCUAUGCACAGCGUCACUGAUGUACAUUUUGAGCCGCGAUCGGUUAAACAUGGACUUGGACCGGGCCAGUCUUGAGCUAAUGAUCCGGUUGCUGGAACUGGAACAGGACAAGUCCACUGACAGCCAACUCACGGCAAAAGAGAUGAACAAAGUGAAAGAGAAGAUCCGCAAGCUCUGCGAAACUGUCCACAAUAAGCACUUGGAUCUGGAGAACAUCACGACGGGGCAUCUUGCUAUGGAGACGCUGUUAUCGCUAACCUCGAAGAGGGCAGGAGACUGGUUUAAAGAGGAGCUCCGUUUGCUGGGAGGCCUUGAUCACAUUGUAGAUAAAGUGAAAGAGUGUGUGGAGAAUCUGAGCCGAGAGGAUGAUAAGGAGAACCUGGUGGCCUCGCUGUGGGGGGCUGAGAGGUGUCUGCGCGUUCUGGAGAGUGUCACCGUUCACAACCCGGAGAACCAGGCCUACCUGAUCGCCUACAAGGACUCUCAGCUCAUUGUGUCUUCUGCGAUGGCUCUCCGUCACUGUGAGGAGAUGAUUCAGAGGUACAGCAGAGAGGUGAGCAUGAGCUCGUGUGGGACGCCGCUGCCCUACUGCAGCAACAGCAGCGUGGGAAAGGCAGUGGAGGACUGCAUGAGAGCUGUAAUAGGUGUCCUGCUCAACCUCACGCACGACAACGAAUGGGGAAGCACAAAGACGGGUGAACAGGAGGAUCUGAUCAUUACGGCUCUCAACUGUGUGCUGAAGGUUCCUCAGUACCUGCCUCAGGAGCAACGUUUUGACAUCAGAGUUCUGGGUCUGGGCCUACUGAUUAACUUGGUGGAAUAUAGUGCAAGGAACAGGCACUGUCUGGUGGAGAUGGAGAUGGACGAUGGAGAAGUGUGGGAAUCUAUGUGCGUGUCUAACCAGGAGGAGCUGAACACUGAGGGAUCCCACAGUGCCAUCGCUGCACUUGUGAAGCUGUUCCUCCAGCGGGAGCAUGCAGCGGUGCUGGCCGAGACUGAGACUGAUGACUUCAUCAAUGACGUGCCGAAGACCAAUCUGGACCAAAGUGGAGAGUGGCAGGAGACGUCAUCAGGGGAGAUCCAGUGGGUGGCCUCAGAAAACAACCCCACCGAUGACCAGAAGAAGAAAGAGGACGAUGAAGAGGAGCUGGACCUCAACAAAGCUCUCCAGCAUGCAGGGAAGCACAUGGAGGACAGCAUUGUGGCCUCCUACACUGCACUUCUUUUGGGCUGCCUCUGCCAGGGAAGCCCUAUGAACGUUAGUACUGUGCGGGAAAACCUUCCAAAAGGGGAUUUCUCCAUAAUGACGGAAAUGCUGAAGAAGUUCCUGAAUUUCAUGAACCUCACAUGUGACAUAGGCACGACGGGGCAGAAGUCCAUCUCUCGGGUCAUCGAUUAUCUAGAGCACUGCUAAUGCGUCGGCAGAGCUCACGUUUUCUCACAUAAACACGGACACACAUACACGCCUUGCAGAAUGCGAUGCAGAGAGCAACCCCUGAGACCACCAGCACCAUGACGUCUCCUUCCUGGUCCUCCUUCUAAAGACCCCUUGCUGCGCUUUGAGAUGGCAGGCACGUCCCACCGGUACUGUGGGCUGAAACACUUCAAAUCAAUCUCAGAGGAACAUUUGUUUGUUGUUUCUUAGCAGUUUUUCAGCGCAGUUCAGACGGGCUUCUGUUCCUUCAAGCUUUUUUUUUUUUUUUUUUCGUUUUUAUUUUUUGCUUUUUAAUCAUAAAUUGACAGCAGUACAGCAGGGAAAGACUAUCAGAAUUCUCUCCUCGCUUUAAAAAAAAAAACCCAUUUUCUCAUUGUGCCCUGCAAGAAUGCUACUGUGCUGUGCUGGGUCGCUUUAGUAAAGAUCUGUUUUUCUUUAACCCCCACGAUCAAUAACUUUUCACUGUCAGUGCACCCUGGCGCCACAGACGAUGGAUAGCUUUGAUCGAGCAAAGCUCAGACUUGCGAAUAGUGGAGGUUUUGCCCCAUUUUUGCCUCUUUGAAUUUUAAAAAGCGGAGGGCACCCAACUGGUUCGUUCUGAGACUGAAUCAGAGCUUUUUUUAUGUGUGAAUGCUGAAUGCUGUGGCCUUGUAGUCCACACUGAUUUUUCCUCUGUGAUCCCACCCUGUUUAGGGAUUCUGGUGUCUCACAGUGAAUAAAUUAUUUCUCUGCUCUUUGAGUGGGCUAAACAGAGGGAAGGGAUGGGCUUUUUUUUUUUAAAACAGCCUUAUAAUGUGGAAUUGGGCUAAAAGACAUGUCAUUCCUAAUCCUGGAGAUUUUAAUCUUCGCAAAGUCACUGAGAAUCAGACUCUAGCAGGUAAAUCAUGCAGGAUACUGCCAUGUCAAACCUGAUCCAAGCUAAGCAGCUUUCUGUGUUCUCAUGUAGUUCGGUGAUCUCAACACAAGCCCACGUCAGUAUUGCAUCGUGCUCAGUAUGCAUGUUUUUUUUUUUUUUUUUUUUUUUUUUUAAGUUUCUUAAUUAAUAAUUUAUUCUGACAGGGCUCAGCCUGCUUUUAUGAGAUUUUUUUUCCAUAAAGCUUUUCGUGUCCUCUCUUCAUAGGCCAGUUUCUUAAACACAGCUGAAAUGUAUAAGCAUACUUUUUGAGUUUUCAUGUCGUGUUCAGAGUUAGCUCCUACAAAGAUAUCCUUCAGAGAUAAGCUUCAUUGAUGCCGUUUUCGACAAGCUAAGAGUUCACCGUAACUUUCAUUUGAAAUUUGCCCUUUUGUUAGCUACACCCACAAUGCGUAUUCCUCAUCCAUUAAAGAUUGUCCCUUUUGAUGAAAUUGGAAGUCGAUGUACAGUAAGGCAUUCAAAAUCUUCAUUUCUAAUUCACUUUCUUUUGAUGUGUAUUUCCAAAAAUUGUUUUUUUCUGUUAGGCGCCUGCUGCAGGCUGUUCCGUUGGUCCACGGGCUGUGUUCAGAAACAACGUCAUUGUGCGUAUGUGCGUCUAUGUUUUCUGUCAGGGCUGUAUCAAACAUGCUAAACAUCCCACUGGGUUUUCAAACUCCCAAGUUCUGGAAAUGAAUGGAACCACACAAAUGUACAUAUUCCUGUAAAUAUUGGCUAUUGGAAAUCUAGAACGAUAGACUACUUUUCAGAAUCCGAUCUUAUUUUUAUUUUAUACAGCAUUUUUCUCAGUUGUGUUUGAGGUGAAAUUUAAAGAGGCAUCUGCAGGAACCUGAACUUUGUACCAAUUUCAGAAAUGAUGUCUUUGGUUACUUGUACAUAAUUUUAACUCAAAUAAAAAUUGCUACUUUCAAUACA